AUGUUGGAGAAGUAUAAAAGAAUCCCUGAAAGAACUAUCCAUGAGGUUCUCAAGAUAAGCUAUGAUUGCUUACAAGAUGGUGCUAAGCGUGUUUUCCUAGACAUUGCUUGUUUCUUUAAAAGGAAGACAUUAGAAUUCAUUGAAGACGUACUAGAAGCCUGUGAUGAUGGGGCAAGGUUUUACAUCGAAAUUCUUGUUGAUAAAUCCUUGAUAACUAUUGAUGAAGUUAACAAUCGCCUGUACAUGCAUGAUCUAAUACAACAAAUGGCGAAAGAGAUUGUUAGACAAGAGGCACCAUCAAAUCCUGGUCAAUGCAGUAGAUUAUGGGAAGCGAUAAUAUUGAAGGAAUAAUACUUGAUCCACCAUAUCAAGAAGAAGUGGUGUGGGACGGUAUAGCUUUUGAGAAGAUGAAUAAUCUCAAGAUUCUCAUCAUUCGAAAU